UGGUAGUCACAAUAUUAAAACAAAAUUGUGACCAAGCAAACAACUCUCUUUUUCUUUAAAUAUUGCAUCACCUCCUUAUACACAUGCAUACAAAAAAUUUCUUAUCACCUUAGCUAAAUUCAAUGGCCAACCCAAACUCUCUUCCACUCUAUGAAAAAUAUUGGUACAAACACAAUUACAAAAGGGUAUUAGAUAGCUUGAUUUUAAUCCUCCUUUUGUUGUUGCUUGGUUACCGUGUUAUGUAUGUGAACAACUACUCUAUUCCUUGGUUUAUUGCUUUGAUUUGUGAAACAUGGUUCACCUUAUCUUGGAUUUUCACCAUCUCCACUCAAUGGAGUCCAGCCUUUAUUAAAACCAACCCUGACCGUCUCCUCCAAAGCAGUGUGCAAGAACUUCCAGCAGUGGAUUUAUUUGUGACAACAGCAGACGAUGAGUUAGAACCAGCAAUCAUCACAAUAAACACUGUUUUAUCACUAUUAGCACUUGAUUACCCAUCUCACAAGCUAGCUUGUUACGUUUCUGAUGAUGGUUGUUCUCCUCUAAUCUUCUAUGCUCUUCACAAAGCUUCAAAAUUUGCAAAACAUUGGGUACCAUUUUGUAAAAAGUACAAUGUACAAAUUAGGGCUCCUUUUAGAUAUUUUUGUGAUGACAACGAUUGCACGACCAAUGAUGAAGAAUUCAGACAAGAAUGGUUACAGAUGAAGGAUUUGUAUGAAAAUCUUAGCCAUAAAAUAGAUGUGGACCCAAAAUCUAUUCCAAGCUUACUUGAAGAAGAGUUUGCAGUUUUCUCAAAUACUAACCGGACAAAUCAUCCAGCCAUAAUCAAGGUUAUAUGGGAGAACAAGGAAAUGGCUGAAGAUGGAUUGCCACAUUUGAUCUACAUAUCUAGAGAGAAGAGGCCAAAGCAACCACAUCAUUUCAAAGCCGGUGCCAUGAAUGUGUUGACAAGAGUCUCUGGGUUGAUUACCAAUGCACCCUUCAUGUUGAACGUGGAUUGUGACAUGUUUGUAAACAAUCCAAAUAUUGUUAUGCAUGCCUUGUGCAUUUUGCUUGACUCCAAAGGGGAAAAAGAAGUAGCUUUUGCUCAAUGUCCCCAGCAAUUCUAUGCUACACUCAAAGACGAUCCUUUUGGAAAUCAAAUGGCAAUUUUGUAUAAGUACCUUGGAGCAGGAUUAGCAGGACUGCAAGGAAUUUUCUAUGGAGGAACGAACUGCUUUCAUAGAAGAAAAGUUAUUUAUGGCCUCUCUCCGGACGAUGUAGAAAAGGGAAACAACUUAUCUGAAGUGGAGUUAAAACAAAAAUUUGGAACUUCAAAGGAACUUAUGAAAUCAGUUGGUCAUGCUUUGGAAGAUAGGACCUAUUCAGCUAGCGAUAUUAGUGUUAACAAAGCUGUUGAGGAAGCUAUUCAUGUUGCUUCUUAUGGAUAUGAAUACGGCACGGGUUGGGGUAAACAGGUGGGUUGGAUGUAUGGAACAAUGACUGAAGAUAUACUAACUGGGCUGACGAUACACAAAAAAGGUUGGAGAUCGGAAUUAUGUACACCGGAUCCAAUAGCCUUCACAGGUUGUGCUCCAAUUGAUGGCCCCACCUGUAUGGCUCAACAUAAGAGAUGGGCCACCGGAAUGCUCGAGAUCUUCUUUAGCAAACAUUGUCCUGUUUUUGGUGCCAUUUUUGAUAAACUUUCUUUUAGGCAAUUCUUAGCUUAUAUGUGGAUCAUGAACUGGGGAUUCAGUCCAGUUGCUCAAGUAUGCUAUGCUUGUCUCGUUGCAUAUUGCAUCAUUACCAACUCUUAUUUCCUGCCAAAGGAUUGGGGAAUGUAUAUUCCUACUGCAAUAUUUGGGAUUUACAAAGUAUAUACUCUAUACGAAUACUUGGCCUCAGGACUGUCAAUUAAAGCAUGGUGGAACAAUCAAAGGAUGUCGAGAAUAACACCUAUGAAUGCUGGAUUCUGUGGAUUUAUUACCGUCCUACUCAAAUUGUUAGGAAUAUCUAACACUGUUUUUGACAUAACAAAGAAAGAACUUCCUCCCUCUAGGGAUGAUCGACAUGAUAAGAAUGCCGGUAGAUACACUUUCAACGAGUCGUUAGUUUUCUUGCCAGGAACUACCAUCUUGUUGUUGCAAUUGACAGCAAUAUUUAUCAAGUUGUUUGGAUUUCAGCCACAAGGACUAAGUCGGAAUUAUGAGUGUGGACUGGCUGAAAUGUUGAUUAGUGUGUAUUUGAUCAUAUGUUACUGGCCAUUUUUGAGAGGACUAUUUGAAACGGGUAAAUUUGGAAUUCCUUUGUCUACAAUAUGCAAAGGAGCAACUUUGACAUGUAUUUUUGUAUGUCUAAGUAGAAGGACAAUUUCUGGUUGAUAUAUCUUGUCUAGAAUAUAGAUGGCGUGAUCAUAUCGUGUCAUAAUAUUUGUUUAGACAUUUCCUUACAAAUUGUAAAUUAUUUAAUGCUAGUAAAAUAUUCAAAAAGUGUUUUCUUACCAAA